CAACUUUACAUACAACAAAAAAACAUGUAAAAACGUUUAAAAAUAAAAAAAUAAAGAAAAAAUUAUAGUGUCAAGAAACGGAGAGAGAAAGUGAACACUUUCUGGUUCUGCUCUAUCUCCUAGUAUAUUAGUAGUAGCAGGUUCCUCUCUUUCCACAUCUCUCUCUUCUCUUUUGCUAUAUUAACAAGUCAACAAUCAAGAAGAUUAGAUCCGAGGAAGAGGAUUAUUAUCUGUUCUUUCAAAAUAUCCACCGAUCAGUCAAUCCAUCAAUCAAAUCAACAAAAUCUCUAAAAGAAUCAUAAAAGAAAUGGCAUCCUCUUCAGCUGCCUUUUCACCGGAUCACCUCUCUUCAUCAGACCAGCUUUGUUAUGUCCAUUGCAACUUCUGUGACACUGUCCUCGCGGUGAGUGUACCUUGCUCUAGCUUGUUCAAGACUGUUACGGUUCGAUGUGGUCACUGCACCAACCUAUUUUCUGUGAACAUGCGUAGCCUACUUCCUGCAGCUAAUCAAUUUUACCUUGGUCAUGGUUUCUUCAAUCCUCAGAUUAAUAUCCUGGAGGGAAUGAGGAGUACUGGAGCACCGCCAAGUUUGAUGAUCAAUCAGCCAAAUCCAAAUGAAUCUGUUAUGCCAAUUCGAGGUGUUGAGGAGAUCCCUAAACCACCAGUGGUUAAUAGACCUCCAGAAAAGAGACAAAGAGUCCCAUCUGCCUACAACCGCUUUAUCAAGGACGAGAUCCAACGUAUCAAAGCAGGAAACCCUGAUAUAAGUCACAGAGAAGCAUUUAGCGCAGCUGCAAAGAAUUGGGCCCAUUUUCCACAUAUCCAUUUCGGACUUAUGCCUGAUCAACCCGUGAAGAAAACUAACGUGCGCCAACAGGAAGGAGAGGACGUGCUCAUGAAAGAUGGGUUUUUCGCUCCUGCAAAUGUGGGUGUCACUCCCUACUGAGAAGUGGAGCUAUUAGGGUUUUCUUUGUUACUUCCCUCUCUACAUAGCCAUGUCUUUUCUUUGACUGUCGUUAGGUCCUUGCUUUAAGCUUUCUUUUUAGAAAACCCCUAAGAAUAGGGGCUGCUGUUGGCCUUUUUUGGUAAUGUUUUGGGAGAAGGUUUUGAAUUCUACAAUGUAUGUGAAGCCUAGCUGCUAAAGCUCCCCAAAAGCAUCCUAUCUAUGAUGUUGAUACUUGCUAGUUCUCAAAACGUUAGCGAUGCCAACUAGUAAUGAUCGACAAUCCUACGAUUUUAUCCAA